UACUAGAACCAGGAAGUGAAAGUAAAAUUUCUUGCUGCGUCUCAAACGGACACUUGAAGACAACUUUAAAGUGUUUACAGCCUUCAUUUUAGAGUUUAUCUAGUGCACUUUUAAAGGGAAGCAGGAAGCGAUUUGGAGUGAAUUCGAGGUUAAAUUAUCGAUUAGAGCUGAAAAGAAACAGGAGCGGAGUCGUGGAAAUGUCGGUGAAACAGCCGAAGCAGACUGUAUUAAACCCGCCCAUCCCCAUAUCAAUAAGCAUCCUGGAUGGCCUUCAUCCAGGGGAGAUGGUUCUUAUCCAAGGCUCAGUUCUAGAUGAUGCAGACAGGUUUCAGGUGGAUUUCACGUGCGGCAGCAGCAUUAAACCCAGAGCAGAUGUUGCGUUUCACUUUAACCCACGCUUCAAAAAGAAUCACAUUGUGUGUAACACCUUGAAACUUGAGUACUGGGGCAAAGAAGAAAUCCAUUAUCUGAUGCCCUUCAGAAAGGGGGCUGAGUUUGAGAUCAUUGUGCUGGUCGAGAAAGAUUUGUACAAGGUGGCAGUAAAUGGGACUCAUGUGCUGGAGUACAAGCACAGGAUAGAUCUGGCCAGAGUGGACACACUGUCUGUGUCGGGAAAGGUUCAAAUCCAGGCCAUUGGAUUCAUUCCAAGCACAAGUACUCCAUCACCUGUGAAAGGGACCAGCACACAGUCGCCAGCUUUGCUGGAUGACUCAUGUGAUAUGUCUCUUCCUUUUAAGAGAAAGAUCAUAAAGGGCUUGAUUCCAGGACAUACCAUUACAAUCAAGGGUCUGAUCCCUGCCUUUGCUCACAGCUUCUCUAUAAACCUGCGCAUCGGGAACUCGAAGGACAUUGCGCUGCAUUUAAACCCUCGGCUCAGAUCUGGUUUGUUCAUUCGUAAUUCAUACCUGUCCGAGUGCUGGGGUCCAGAGGAGAACACCCUGCCCAACUUUGUCUUCAGACCAGGAGAAUAUUUUGAGAUGAUAAUCCUGUGCGAGGCGCAGCAGUUUAAGCUGGCCGUGAACGGAGCUCAUCAACUGACCUACAAACACCGUGUCCAGGAUCUGAGCCGUGUGGACGAGCUGGAGAUCAUCGGGGACCUGGAGCUGCUUGAGGUUAAGAUUUGGUAACCGGCAUUCCAUCCGAACCCUGCAACUUUAAUAAAGACAUCCAGACUCUAGACUAGGCUCAGGUCUGAUCUCCUGACAUAGUGUAUGUCAAAACAAAAACUAGCCUGGCUUUUACUUUUCUCUUGUGCUACUUCUGAUUUUACACAUAUAAGGUCCAAUUGUUGUCUGUAAGAUCAGUAUCACUUCUGUCACUGUCAAAUGUAACCACUUCUUUAGCAUUUAGCAUUGGGAUUGUGUAUCGAAUUUUGGUAAUGUGGAACAAAACGUUUGCCGUAACAAACAUUGUAACAAAAUGCACAUAAAUCUUUUUUGUUUAUUUCGAAAAAAGCAUUUGGCCAACCAGGACAUGUUUAGUGACUGAAGUUGGCUUUAUUGAUAAUAUACCAGAGCUACAAGUUGAAUGUAUCGUCAAACUGCCUGUUUUUGACUUAUAUUUAUUUUAAAAGUUGGUUACACACUGUUAUUAAAACGGAAAACAAGCAGAGGAAGAUAAUGGGGCCAUUUUGAAUUUGUCAGGAAACAGGAAGGCACUGUGGUGUCAUUUGAGAUUUGUACUUUAAAGAGGUUUGGUGGAUUGUAUGAUUCCAAUUUCCGAUUUAAAUGUUUAAUUAGUUAAUUAUUUAAUACAGUGCACGCAUGCAAUACACAAUAUCUGAUGCUUUAAAAAAAAAAGAAAGAAAUAGGAUGUUUCUGAUUUUCUAUUCAUAUCAUUAGACGAGGAAGGUUUGUUACUGCACAGUGCGGUCACAUGACCUUGAUAUACGGAUAUCUGCUAUAUGAAAUAUUUAUUUCUUUUGCUGUGUAACGCAUUCCCCGAGGAUGUGAGAUGGAAUAUCAGAAUAUCGUGUCGGAAAAAAAAUAACAUUUAUUACAAGAAAUCUAAUAAACCUGGUAAACCAAUCAAAAAAACAUUAAAGAAUCAGGCCGUGGCUGCCGCAG